AUGGGUUUCAACAAUGAGACUGUGGUUGCUAACCGAGAGAACACAAACGCAACAGACAACGAAGGACGAGCCGCCGACAUCGAGCGUCACAAAUCCGACAGCGUCGAGAAGGCCAAGACCGGUCGAGGAGAAUGGAAGCCCGAGCUAGCCUCUCAAAGCGAGCAAGCCACCCGUGGGGACAAACAUAACAUGACCAUGGAGCAGAUGCAAAAGAUGGCCAAGGAGAAGGGCGAGCAGGAGGGGAAGGGACAGAAGUAA